CUAACUAUCUACAGGGCCUUCUUGCGGAAAGCCUGGAUCUUUCUCUAUCCAGUCUGUCCAGCGAAGGCACCAGCUACCUCAAUGUCCUGGUAAACAGCGCAAUGACACUUGAAACAAAGGACACUUCUCUUGCCAGCUUCUUCUGUGCCAUCAAUGAUAUGACUUCGGAGCUGUACGCAACAGAAUCGAAAAACAGAGAAAUGGAACUGGAAUUGGCCAACAUUAGGAAAAAACUGACUGCAGCGCUGAUGCUGGAAAAGCAGUUAGAGGAGGAUCUUAAAAAAACGGAGGAACUUCUGGAAGUAGAAAAGGCCAAAGCUGACAGCCGAUCCCAGAACCUGAAGUUCCUGACAGAUAAAUCCGAGGAUUUAAAAAUCAGGAUCAAGGCUGCUGAGGAGCAGCUUGCUGCCACAGGGUUGGACCAGUCGCUGACGCACGAGGCACUCGUGAGCCUGUCUGAGAAACUGGCUGGACUGCAAGAAGAAAUUGUUUCUUUGAAGAAGAAACUGGAGUCCUACCUAGAUUUAACUCCUAAUCCUUCCCUUGCACGAGUGAAGAUUGAAGAAGUAAAACGAGAACUGAAUGCCUUGGAGGCAGAGUUCUCAAAGCAGAUUGAUACGCUGACUCUUGAGAUGCCAGAGCCCAGCAAACUCCAGUUCACCUGA